UGAGCUACUGUACCUGGCCUCAUAACCUCAGCUAUUUCUUAUAUACACAGUAAAAUAAAAUGUACUUUUUUUGCUUUUUGCUUAAAAAGUAACCAGCAUUUUGUAUGAAUGUUUUUAGUGAUUCUGACACCACUAGUAACGCUCAAAAACUGCUUACCUCUAGAUUUCCUUAAGCACAUACUCCAAAAACAAAUAACCCCAAUGCCUUUUCCCUCUUCUAAAUGAUGCUUUUGAGUGGACUUGUCCCUGGGUAAAUUGAUUGGAUGUCCAUGUGGUAUUGGACAGGGACCCAGCGUCUCACCAUAAGUUAGCAGCAGCCAUCAAGAACGAGGUCAUUUCCUGUAGGAAUGAGCAAUCUUGUUUGGAAAAAACCGUCUCACAUUCUCCAUACUGCAUCACAACCAAAUGCAAAGUAAGCCUUUUAUUUAAAGAAACAUUCGACUAAGCGUAAGGUGAUGAUUCUUUUUCCAUAUUUUGCUGCCAGAACCAGAAAUGUUGAAAUAUCACCAAAAUGUUCUCAUAUUAAGGUCAAUCAGGACAGUAAUUUCCAGAAAUCUUAAGAAAAUAGCCACUAUUUGUGAGAUUAUUAUAUGAUGUGCUUGCUAGAGAACCUCAGGUAAUUCUAAUACGCAUUUUCCAAAUCUGGGAACCUCUUUGAACCAAACCUGAAACAAAGCCUUUUGCAUCUGCUAAUUCCUUUUGGGGGAUCUGUGCUGUUUAGUCAUUGACAACUCUGAAAGAUUUCUAUGACAAUGAUUCAUUGCUGUUUUCAUUCAAAACAUUUUAUUUCUGAACAUUUUCUUAAGAUCGUAAUCAUUUUAAUUUUGAGCAUUUCUGGAGAACAGAUGCUGCCCCGCAUACGUUAUAGUCCUGAUAUCAGUCUAUAGAUCAUAUAUAUCUUACCACAAUCUAUAAAGGAAGUCCUAAAAUACGUAAGAAUUGGGUGAAUGUUAGGUGUUCAGAAGAAAAUUGAGUGCCAUCAAUAUAUCUAGCUGCUUAAAUGUAUAAUAUGACCAUUAUACACACUUCCAUUUGGAAGGUGUGUUUCAAAAAACCUCAGAGUAGAUACAGACUUUUAUUUUCUCUCCGGCCCCCCUUUCUUCUCCAUCUCUGCCCCAAGGGCUUCCUGAGAUUUAACUGGUCCAUUCCAGACUAAAAGCCAACACACAGAGAUUAUUCAGCUUUCACAUUAAAAUGCUAGUCAGACAAUUUCCCUAAGACUUUAGCCUGAGAAAACAUUGGUUCAUCCUGACUGGGUUAAGCUUGUCCAAACGGUACUGUCUGCUGCUCUAAGCUGACCCAGGGAUGAGUGACGGAGUCUGUGAUGUUGGACUGCCCAGAGGCAGUGUCUCUCCUUCAAGCUGCUGAAGUCUUUUUUUUUUUUUUUUUUACUAACAUUUCUGAGCUGUGCUUUGGUCUACUACAAACUUCCUGGCCUUUCUCCAAAAGGAAAGUCUUUAUCACUUAUUCGAUGGACACAGCUAUGGAGGUGGUGAAAUUCGUGAACUUUUUGUUGGUAAAUGGCUUCCAAACUGCAAUUGACAUAUUUGAGGAUAGAAUCCGAGGCAUUGAUAUCAUUAAAUGGAUGGAGCGCUACCUUAGGGAUAAGACCGUGAUGAUAAUCGUAGCAAUCAGCCCCAAAUACAAACAGGAUGUGGAAGGCGCUGAGUCGCAGUUGGACGAGGAUGAGCAUGGCUUACAUACUAAGUACAUUCAUCGAAUGAUGCAGAUUGAGUUCAUAAAACAAGGAAGCAUGAAUUUCAGAUUCAUCCCUGUGCUCUUCCCAAAUGCUAAGAAGGAGCAUGUGCCCACCUGGCUUCAGAACACUCACGUCUACAGCUGGCCCAAGAAUAAAAAAAACAUCCUGCUGCGGCUGCUGAGAGAGGAAGAGUAUGUGGCUCCUCCACGGGGGCCUCUGCCCACCCUUCAGGUGGUUCCCUUGUGACACUGUUCAUCCCCAGAUCACUGAGGCUAGGCCAUGUUUGGGGCCCUGUUCUGACAGCAUUCUAGCUGAGGCUGGUCGGUAGCACUCCUGGCUGGUGUUUUCUCUGUUCCUCCCCGAGAGGCCCUCUGGCCCCCAGGAAACCUGUUGUGCAGAGUUCUUCCCCGGAGACCUCCACACACCCUGGCUUUGAAGUAGAGUCUGCGGCUGCUCUGCAUUCUCUGCUUUUAAAAAACCCAUUGCAGGUGCCAGGGUCCCACAUGUUCCUCCUGACAGUUUGAUGUGUCCAUUCUGGGCCGCUCAGUGCUUAGCAAGUAGAUAAUGCAAGGGAUGUGGCAGCAAAUGGAAAUGACUACGAACACUCUCCUAUCACUUCAGGCUACUUUUAUGAGUUAGCCAGAUGCUUGUGUAUGCUCAGACCAAACUGAUUCAUGUACAAAUAAUAAAAUGUUUACUCUUUUGUAAGAAUAUGUUUUACUUAUCUCAAAGGAGAUAGAUACAUAUAAUUUGUAAUGAUAUGGUUGCUUCCAGGGACAUCAACAAAACUGCUUAGAUAUAAUAUUAGAUAAAUAUAACAGACCACUCUGUAUUAAAGGAUUAAAGCCAGCUAGUUAAACAACCCUUUUUAACCAUAA